GUCAGCCAGUCACAGCUCCUCUGAUAUAGUGUACAGAAAAGAUCAUGGUGAUUUUCAUGUGGGCCAGUAAAGCAACUAUCAGCCGAGUGUUGUGGAUAUGAGUGUGACAUCCAGCCCCCGGGAGCCCCUUCUGCAGCCCCCCUCAGGUGAGAAUGACGUGUUCUUUAAAACCUACGUCCCACCUGCUCGAGAUGACAUCCAUCUGCCCAUCCACAUCUUCUACAUCAUCCUCGCUUCCAUCGUCAUAGUGGCGACCAUCUACGCCAUCAUCGGUCACCUCAUCAAAGAUCUGGUGCACGAUUUAGCAGACUAUCUGUUUGGGGAGCAGCCGGAGGAGGUUCAGAUCCACCUGUGUGAGACCAGAGAUAAGUUCAUGGUGGACUGGUGUCCUGAGACGAGUCCAGAGCUUGAGGAACUGGCCCGAGCCGAGGAGAUCCGAGUGGUGAUGGAGGGGGGCAAAUACACACCCGCAAUCUGGAUCAUCUCUGAUGGGAUUGAGCCGAGACCGCCACGAACCGGACCGCGCGUUGCAUUUGGCAAGAAUGUAUAAAAAGUGCAGCGUCUACAGCUGGAAGGUAUUAAUAACUUAUAAGCACUCUGUUCCUGCAGCGACAAACUAACACACAUUCACAAGUAAUGGGUCUCAUGUCAGUGACACACUGACGAUCACUGCAGGACUAACUAGAAUCCACUGAUAGAAGUUUCCCAAUGGCUGAUUACAGUAUUGAUGUCUAGAGAGCAAAGUACAGUCAAUACAAUGUGAUCAAUAUUUACUGUAUAGCAGCCAUCAGGCCAAUAUUGACAUAUUUCUGAAUUUAAAUGAACUGUUAUUUUACUCAAAUAAUGACUCACUAAUUCACUAAAAAUUUAAACUCAUCGACACGGCUGUUUUGGAACAGACUCUACAUGGAGUGACCACUUCAGUUAUCGGCUGCUGACAGUUACAUUAGAAUAGCCCAGGGGUUGGCAACCUUUUUGACAAGGAGUGCCAUUUUUUAUCCCCCCCCCCCCAACCAAAAAAACAAAAACAAACAAACAAACAAACAAAAAACAAAGUUCAUUAAUGUGAUUUUCCAAACUUUGAGUCCACUUGCGAAAAUUUUUCUAUUUUGCAUUUUUCUAAUUUAAUUGUUUAUUUUUCAUUACAUAUGAUAUUAUCAUAUAACAGUCUGAGUGAAAAAUGUGUGCAAAACCCGAUGAUUAUGAUAUAAUUGUGAUCCUGCAUGUAAAAUUCCACAGAGCAUCUUGUGAAAGUGCUUUAAUGAAAGAAAAUCUGUCCUUUUGUACAAAACGAGUUAACAGUUAAUGUCACAAUUUUGCUUAUUUGAUUACUGAUCGUGAAAUUGUGUGGAAUCAUAAAUAUUUCUUAUAUUAUGUCAUUGUAAUCAUGUAAUCAGUAGCACGCAAGCAGGAACAGGCUAUUUUUUUUUUCAACCUGCAUUCCAUCUACAUCUUGAUGUAAUUCUCAUGAUGAAGCAGCGUGUUUUCAUCAGCUGAAUGGGAGGUUAAACAAAAAGUUAAAAUGUGACGAGACUGCAGUAUAUCCAACAGACUCAUGCAGCACAUGAAAGCCAUUCGUGCAUCAUGAGCCGAUCAACUAUUUAGCCCUUUACGGUGAAUUCCACCUGCAGAAUCCUAAAAAUGUAUUUCCAGGUUUAACGUAUAUUUUAAAACACAUAUAUACGAUGUGGGUUUAUGUUUUCUCUUUUAAUCGUUUAAUGUAAGAAAGCUGUUAGAAAACAAUGUUUAUUUUUGCAAUUCCAUUGGGUGGCACAGAAAUGACACACUUCAGCUUUAAACAUGUAUCAUUAUAUUGACACACAGCACAUGUACAUUCAUUGUGUUGUUAAGACAUCUGCUGGUCAUUACUGCAACUUCCAAGAGUAAUUUCUGUAUAACAUGUAUAUUGUGUAUUGACAAAUGUUUUUUUAAAAACAGUUUUAAUCAUAUCAUUUGUUCAGGCUCAAAUGAGACUCACACACCACAUGAAUUAAAUAUUUGUUCAAAUUAAGCAAAGCAUAUGUUCUGAAUUUUGAACCACAAUUCUAAAAUGAUCGCUCUUCAGAAGGGUUCGAUUUUAAUCUAUGCAAUGCAUGUUUCUAAUUGAAAUUUCUAUCGAAUAUAUAUAUAUAUAUUAUAU